AUGUCUAAGUAUACUUCAAAAAAUACAUUUUACUGUAUUCUGGCUUUAGGUUUCUUACUCGUCAUCGUAUGUAUAGGAAUCACGAUCCUGUUUCCCGUUUAUUAUAAAAAAACUUUGGAUUAUGAAACAACAUUAGUAAAUAAUACCAUUCUUUACGACAUCUGGAAAAAUCUACCUCUACCUGUUUAUGAGAAGUUAUACUUCUUUAAUAUAACAAAUGGUGAUGAAUUUGUUAACAACAGUGAAAUACUGAAAGUGCAAGAAGUUGGUCCUUACACUUACAAAAGUACAUGGGUUAAAGAUGAUAUUUCUUGGCUUAACGGUACUGUGUCUUACAGAGAGAAAAAAACCUACUACUUCGAUAAAGAAAACUCUGUGGGUGGUGAGAAUGAUGUCAUUUAUACUCUGAAUGGUCCACUCAUAAUUGCAUCUGAUGUUUUAAAGGAAAAGAACAUUUUAAUUAGAAGUGCUGCCGGUAGUUUUUUUUAUACUCUCGGCGAAACACUCAUUAUAAAGAAGACUGUGGCAGAACUCGCCUUUAAAGGAUACGAAGACAGUAUUAUUAAAUAUGGCAAGUACGUAAAACGUAAUAUUCCGUACAAGAAAGGUAUAUUUUCUUGGCUGUACGGGAAAAACGCUACAGAUGAGGGAUUGUUUACUGUUUUUACGGGAGAGUCAGACCACAAAAAGAUGAAUUUGAUUAAAGAGUGGAAUGGCUCCAAGAAGUUAACUUUCUGGAAGGAUGAUACUUGUAAUAUGAUGAAUGGCACGAAUGCGGAGGUUGGACCAGCUUUGACUGAGAAUCAAAACAGUUAUACCUUUUUUCAACCCCUCAUAUGCAGAUCGUUGACGUUUAAUUACACUAGAGACGUAAAUCAUAAAACUAUAUUUUGUAGAAGGUUCGAGAGCAGUACGGAAACUCUUGCUUCUUCCACUAUAAACCCUGAUAACUGGUGCUUCGAAACUGAUCCCGAUUUAAAAUCUGGGAGUCAAGAUCUCAGUCCGUGCCAGUUUGGUGCUCCGGUUGUGCUGACAUUUCCCCAUUUCUAUUUAUCGGAUCCUUCUUACUUGCAAAAUGUGUCCGGUUUGAGUCCUGACAAAGAAAAGCAUGGCUCUCAUAUAGACGUUGCGCCAGUUAUUGGAGUAUCUGUGGAUUUGUGUUUACGCUUCCAGGUAAAUCUGAAAGUUCAGCAAGUUCCGGAUAUAGAUGAACUAGAGGACAUAAAUCCUGGAAUUUAUCCUGUAUUUUGGGUAGAAAUGUCUGCAAAACUUACCCAAGAAUUGACAGACAUUAUAACUGAAAAGCUGACUGGACCAAAGAAAGCAGUAUAUUCGUUACUAGGUGUUCUUUUAACUAUUGCACUCGCUCUAAUUACUGGAUCAUCGCUGCUAUUGUGUUUGCCGAAGAAAGAAGUCCUUUAUAGAGAAAAGAAAUCUUUGUUAGAAAAUAAGAAAAUGCCGUAUUAUUCUUCUUUUUGUUCGAUUACAGAAGUUCCAUUAUUAGAUAGACAAGGUUAUCAGCAAUAUAUUGCUUCCAAAUUUUCAAAAAGCGGUAGUAAGAUGGAAGAGUGA